AUGGUUCAAGAAACGGAUUUCAUGGAUAUUGCAGAUAGAGAUUUUCUUGGUAGCAGAGAUUAUAAUGAUGAUAUCAAUCAUGACUCGGAAUUCGACUCUGAUUUCGAGCACUACGUGUUGCUCUCGGCCUCUAGGAGACGUUUGUUCGGCCGGAAACGGCCACUCCAUGUCAUUCUAGGCUCCGGAAAAGUUGCUGAUGUUAUACUAUGGAGAAAGAAGAGUAUCUCAACAAGUGUUAUUGUUGGUGUAACUUUGUUGUUGUUAUUCUAUGUGAAGAUGGAUUACACCUUGCUUAGUUUCACUUGUGACUCUCUUAUACUCCUAUUGGCAAUGCUCUUUCUUUGGUCACACUUAACCUCCUUCAUCAACAUAUCAUCACCUAGAUCAUCAAGCUUCAUCCUACCAGAAGGGUUGGUUGUUCAUGCUGCUAUUUCAAUCACACACCUACUUAACCAAUUACUCACAACAUUUGGACUCCUAGCUUCUGGACAUGAUUUGAAGACAUUUCUAUUGGUUACAGUGACAUUGGGAGCCAUCUCCAUUAUUGAUAGUUUCUUAAGUGCUCCAACUCUCCUCUACAUUGGGACAGUGAUGUUGCUGAUAGUUCCAGCAGCAUAUGAAAGAACUGAAGACAUUGUUGACAUUCUUAUUCGCAAAGCAAUGCUUGAAUUGAAUAUUAAAUAUGCAGAGUUAAUGAAAAAGUACUUUGGAUACUCCCAACACUUACAUGAGGGGUGUAUUAGUCCAGAAUAA